AUGCCAUCUCGACCAGAAUACGAGGCGUCUACUCGGAGUCAGUCACGACGUGAGGGCCGUUGCGCUGCAUCCGAAUCAACAGAAUCCGAUCCUGCAUACGUCCCCAUACUCCAACGCGCCUUUCCGCGCGUCGCGAUUCUACUGACAUGCGUCACCUACCUCGCAUCAUCGUUCGCAGCUGUCUAUGUCGGAUUCCACGGCAUAACGAACAUGAUAUAUCCUCGACAUAACCAAGCGGUCGACGAGUAUAUGGCGCUUUCAACAUCCAAGUACACAGAGGACGCACUGUACAAGAAUUUGGAUACACUUCUCUCUAGCCGACUAAACCGCGGCUUCAUGGAGACUCAUGAAGACUGUCUUGUCCGCGGUCUAAAGGAGGCCAACUACGAACUCUACGGCCUCGGCUUUCAGUACCCUGACAUGCGCACGCAGGUCAUGGACUGGACGAUGGAGAACUGUGGUAGACUGCAGUAUACGCCACAAGUGGUGAUACAGGAUCCAACCCCACAGCAGGCUGUGCUGACAUACUGGGCUGAUGCGAGCUAUCGCUCUCGCCGCAUGCUUGAGGGAGCUCUGGGAGCCUUGCAGCAGCAAGCUCGUCGUUUCUGGAAUCUACUUUCGAGCGCGUUCACGGAUAGGAAACCAUCUCCCAUCACUGAACACGUUCCUGUUAGUGCCAAUACUAGCGGAACACUUCCUCUGAGUCGAGCCCUGCCUAAAGUACCGUUCGGCUUCGCUCUACGCUGCGAGCCCACCGAACCAUGCCGCCUAGUCUACCCGUCUGGUUCUUCAAAGCGUGCAAACAAAGUCGGCAUCUCACGCGAGGCCCUCGCGAAGCUCAAACGCAAGAUCAAAGAAAUGCGGGACGCCAACCGCCAAAUCAAAAAAGCUAAAUGGGCUACGGAGCAGGUUGUGGUCUUUUUCGACUACGUCCACGCCUCUAUCUUGGUGGUCAUGUUUGCGAUCAUCUUCAGUGUGGCACCGUUCGUCAUACCCAAGGCCGUUCGCCCUCCUCCCCCUUCCCGCAAGACGGAACAGAUCAAAAUCAUGCCCGCAUCCCUGCAUUUUUGUUUUGUAGGGAGACUGAUACAAGAGCUGUUGUUUUCGUACCCAAUACAGCUCCCGUAUGGCGCCCGGUGGGCAACGCCCUUCCAGCUCUACUUCCUGUUCGUUGGUAACACGAUGCUUCUUCAAUUCUUCAUCACUACCUGGCCGUGGUUCGAGAAUGUCAACCUCGCAUAUAAGCAGAUCAAAGAGCUCUACUUUAUCGCCCGAGGGUGGGAGGUACCUGACGGAGCGAUGGACAGCAUGUUGACUUGGUACGGAAUCCACAUUCAGCCGGCGGACCCCAAGCCAAAGCCUACAGAGGUUCCUGGUGGAACGAUGGAUAACAUGUUCAGUUGGUGCGGACGCUUUGAAGCGGCGGACUCCAACUUUCAGCCUCCGGAGGUACCUAGCGGAGCGAUGGACAAGAUGCUCUAUCCGUGCGGAAUCCAGUAUCAAUACGCGGACCCCAAACCCAAGCCGACGGAGGAACCGGCCACGGUCAAAGUAACCAUGUCUUCCCCAUCUGAUAACCGCCCACAGCACGCGCAGUCGCACCCAUCGCACCAGGGUCUGGCCGCUCCGAGCAGUUCACCCCAAGAAGGUCCCGAGGCGCACUUCAAGAAGGUCCAAGAGGCGUCAAAAGUUCAGCCGGCCGAGUAUAUCGAUGUUCCGGAAAUCGGAUCCGUCGUCGAUACUGACAGCGAGACCGAGUCUGAGGACGAGCAUGGUAGCUUCGUCGACCUGGCCUGUGGCGUUACGCCUCAAGUCAGCGAUGUGGAAUCCGGCUGGUCUAUUGUGGAUGCUUAG